AUGACGGAGGGAAGAGGCAGUGCAAUGGCAGCAGCGGUGGUGCUCUGCCUAGUGGCGGCAGUGCUUCAUUGCCAGGUAGCUCAGGCUGCCACCUAUGUCGUUGGCGGCCGUAGUGGCUGGACCUUUAACCUCUCCAACUGGCCCCAUGGCAAGAAUUUCAGGGCUGGGGACGUGCUUGUAUUCAACUACAAGAGAGGAGCACACAAUGUGGUCGCAGUGAACAAGGCAGGGUAUAAUGGGUGCAGCAGCAGCCCAAGAAAUGCAAAAGUGUACACAAGUGGAAAAGACCGAAUUAGGCUUGUGAAGGGUCUUAAUAACUUCGUUUGCACUCUCCCUGGUCAUUGUGGUGCUGGCAUGAAGAUUCAGAUAAUUGCCUCUUAA